CGAAAGCAGAUAGCAAAACUACUUGGGUUUCGGCUUAAAAAAAAAAAUCUACUUUGGUUCAGUUCUUCCCUUGGCAGGAAAAAUAAAAACAGAAGAAAAAAUCGCCAAAGCUUAUAAUUUUUGCCUUAAUUAGAGAAUUUUCAGGCUACAAACAAUGUUCAAAGCAAAACACUUUGUUUCGUUAACAAAAAAGCUGCUUUCACAUCCCCAGAUUGAGCAUCAACAAGUGAGAGGCAUAGUAAAGGUGAGGCUGAAAUGGGUGAAGAACCGGAGCCUUGAUCAUGUCAUCGAUACUGAGACCGAUCUCAAAGCGGCUUGCCUCUUGAAGGAUGCUAUAAAGCGGUCGCCCACCGGUUAUCUUACUGCCAAGUCUUUUGCCGAUUGGCAAAAGCUCCUUGGCCUCACUGUCCCUGUUCUUCGCUUUUUGCGCAGGUACCCUACUCUUUUUGAAGAAUUCCCACAUGCGCGUUAUGCUAAUUUGCCUUGCUUUCAAUUGACUGGCACUGCACUCUUGUUAGAUUCACAAGAGCAAAGCAUACACCAGGUGCAUGAGAAUGAUACCGUAGAGAGGCUUUCUAGGGUGCUUAUGAUGAUGAAAAGUAGGACUGCACCUCUUCAGUCCCUGCAUCAUCUGAAAUGGGAUCUUGGUUUGCCAGAUAACUUUGAGAAAGUGUUGAUCCCGAAAUACCCGGAUCAUUUUAGGUUUGUUAAGGCACCAACUGGUGUUGGUGCUGUGCGACUUGUGCAAUGGCGCGAGAAAUUUGCUGUUUCAGCAUUGGAAAGAAGUAAUGAGGGUGGUGAGAUGGGCGAUGAGUACAGGCAUUUUAAGAGGGGCCAAACCACAUUGGCAUUCCCAAUGAAUUUCCCAAGGGGUUAUGGAGACCAGAAGAAGGUUAGAGCUUGGAUGGAGGAGUUUCAGAAGCUUCCCUACAUAUCUCCAUAUGAAGAUUCUCGGCAUAUUGAUCCAAAUAGUGAGCUUAUGGAGAAAAGGGCUGUUGGUGUGUUGCAUGAGUUUUUGAGCUUGACGAUUCACAAGAAGACCAAGAGGAACUACUUGAGAAGCUUGAGAGAGGAACUGAACAUCCCACACAAGUUUACUCGAUUAUUUACUAGAUAUCCGGGGAUUUUCUACCUGUCCUUGAAAUGCAAAACAACAACUGUGGCUCUCAAGGAAGGAUACAGUCGGGGAAAGCUAGUAAACCCACAUCCUCUUGUUCAUCUGAGACGGAAGUUCUAUCAUGUAAUGAGGACAGGGCUUCUUUAUCGUGGUAAAGGUGUGAAUCUGAUACCUCGGGAGGACAUUUUACUGAAAGACUUGGAGAAUAGAGUGGAAGAAGAAGAAGAGACCGAGGAAGAAGAGAUUGGAACAGGUGAUGAACACUAUGAGGAAACCUCAGAUGUGGAAGAUGAAUUCAGUAAAGAGUAAUGAUUACCUGACAGAAUUAUCCAUUAAAAGGGAAAGAUGAUUAAAACUUGAGAUAUUUACGGUUAAUAGGAUGCAACAAUCGUGGAUUAAUCUCUAACCUCAGUAUGAGAGCAAAAUAUCAAAUUAUGAUUAUAGAAGUUUAUUAGGAUGCAACAAUCGUGGAUGUAUUGCUGCUUAUGUCAGGUUGACAUUAUUCAGAGUUAGAAGACCUUCCAUAUUUUUCAAUUGUAUCAUGACUUAUCUAAGUCCUUUUUAUUUGAUUAAUAGGGUCAAUUGUGCUUGUUUUGUUUUCAUGUUAAAGAAGUUAGAAAUGAAUAAUUAUGUAGGGAAACCCACAUUAAUGCCAUUUUGCAAGAGCUCAAGCCAUAGAAGCACCGCCAGAUGAGAAAAAUAUGGUUCUCCAAUCUGACAAAGGAUUUUUUUUUUUUCACUUAGUUGUGCAAUGUCUAUUCUGGACCUGUUUGCUUGACACUUUCGCUUUGUAUCUAUAGGGUCCUUUCAACAUUGAAGACUUCUGAUCUCAGAAAGUCGUGCAAUGGUAAGAUGUAAAAGUCCAGUUCAUACUAGUGUAGGAUUCUUUAGCAUUGUCAAUUUUAAUGCCAAUCUUUGUAUUUUCAUAUUCUUUGUCAAUUCAGUCAGAGCAGAUUCUAUUUGUUAUGAUUUGGUAAGUAUAUUUGAACUAAACCCUGCUCAUGACUAAAGUAGCCCCUUAGUUUGUCAUCUGAGCUAAUUCCCCCAACUGUCACCUGUUUGAUAUGUUGAUAUUUUUACUUAUCACUCC